GUUAGAAGUUUUUACAGUUGUAAGCGCUAUUUUUAAAAACUUACUUUUUAAUAAAACAUUAUAACUUUAUUAGAAAAAACGGUUCUUCGAAAACAAAUGAAUGAUCAAGAGGUUUGCAACAAAUUCGAUUAUUUGAGAGUUGAAAAAAUUCCCCAAGAAGUGCUAAACACGCUUGCGUAUGAAUUACCUAAUGACUGGAAAAAACUUGCUCGCAGAUUGGGUAUAAGCGAUGAAAAAAUUGAUUGUGUUUUGAGUGAGUUCAUUACAGUCUCUGAACAAACCUAUCAAAUUCUAAAGAGUUGGUUUAGAAUGAAUCCUAACAAACUAUGGAAAGAUAUUAAAGAUGGAUUGAUUUACUGUGAAAGAAAUGAUGUAAUUAUUAAAUGCGAACGAAAAUUAUCCCUGAAUUCAAAAUUUGGUGUCCAACCCUCUUUGAAAAAUUUUCAUCCACGUAACAAAGAACUUAGUGAAGUACACCGUUUAUUGGUCGAAUUACAAGAUACGAAAAAGCCUUUAGUAUUAUGCGGAAUGUCAGGUGUUGGAAAAACACAAAUUGCCAGAAAGUACUGUGAAGAAAAUGAAAAUUUUUAUGAAAACGUUAUUUGGAUUGACGCAGCAUUUGGAAAAUUAAGAACCUCAAUAGAAGCUCUUUAUCAAAAUCUAGGAUAUACAAAAACCAAUUAUGUCGAUAUCGAUGUUAUUAUAGAAAAAAUACAUAACCAUUUUAAAAACGAAAAGACCUUGUAUAUUUUUGACAAUAUUGACAAUGAAAGUGUUAGAAAUUUUAAAAUAUACAUUUCAAAGUAUCCGAAGUCUUUUACUUUGAUCACCACCGAAUGGAGAACGUGGUCACAUAACGUAAAUUUAAUGUCAUUAGAUGUUUUUUCUCCUGAUGAAGCAUUACUUUAUAUAAAAAAUAACAUUAAAACAAAUACCGAAGAAAAAUUAAAAGAAUUAAUAAAAGAACUUGGUUUUCACCCUUUUGCAAUCACUCAGGCGAUAAAAUAUAUAAACGCACACUCAGUUUCAAUUGAAACGUAUAUUGAUCGAUAUAGACUAUAUCCUGUACAAAUACUAGAUAAUGAUACCGAAGAAGAACCAAUGUCUGCUGUAAAAACGAUCAAUUUAGUUUUAAUGAAACUAGAAAAUGAUGAUAGCUUUUCUUUAAAAUUACUAAACUGUUUAUCACAUUGUGAUGGUCAGAACAUCACCAAGCAUUUUAUAGUCCAAAUUUCAAAAUGCUUGUCAAUAGACGAAGAAUAUUUAAUUGAUGACACCAUUCGAUUACUAGUCACUUAUUCCUUACUAGAUUCUUUUGGCGAUGGAAAAUAUUCAAUGCAUGAUCUAACACAGUUGUCCUGUAAAUAUUUUCAAAGUAAAACUUCUUGUUCAAAAACAUUCCUUAAUCUUAUCAAGAAUUAUUUUAACUUUGAGUUAAAAGGCAUAAACAAUCACGCUGAUUACGGAAACAAUUUUGUUAAUCAUUUUCUGUACAUGUUUCAAAAAAAUAGAAAAGAAAUGACGGAAUUUUUUCACCGUGCAUCAAGUGUUAUAUAUAGUUUCUUAAUACCUAAAGGUUUAUUUCAAGAAGUAAUUGAAAUACUAAAAGCUCUUCAAAAUUUUAAUGCAGAAACUUAUGGAGAAAAUAAUAAACUAACUCUUGAUACAAAAUUGAACAUUGGUGAUUGUUUACACGAUAUGGGUAAAUAUAACAACGCUAUAGAAGUUUAUUAUUCUGUUGAUAAAAUACUAACUGAAACUUCAGGUAUCAACCAUUCGACAACAAGGUGUACAAAACAUAAUAUUGCAAGCUGUUUAAGAAAUAUGGGAAAAUAUACCGAAGCUUUAGAAAUUUAUUAUUCUCUUGAUAAAAUGCAAACUGAAAUUUUAGGCACCAACCAUCCGACAACAAUGUGUACAAAAUAUAAUAUCGCAAACUGUUUGAGAGAUUUGGAAAAAUAUGACAAAGCUUUAGAAAUGUAUUACUUUGUUGAUAAAAUACAAACUGAAAUUUUAGGUAUCAACCAUCCGUCAACAAUGGAUACAAAAAGCAAUAUCGCAUUCUGUUUAAACCGUAUGGAAAAAUAUAACGAAGCUUUAGGAAUUUAUAAUUCUGUUGAUAAAAUGCAAACUGAAAUUUUAGGUGCCAACCAUCCGUCAACGAUGCAUACAAAAAUCAAUAUCGCAUACUGUUUGAGCCAUAUGGGAAAACAUAACGAAGCUUUAGAGAUUUAUUACUCUGUGGAUAAAAUACAAACUCAAAAAUUAGGUAUCAACCAUCCGUCAAGAAUGUAUACAAAAAAUAAUAUCGCAUACUUUUUGUUUAAUACAGGAAAAUAUAAAGAAGCUUUAGAAAUUUUUUAUUCUGUUGAAAAAUUAGAAACUGAAACUUUAGACAUCAACAGCCCGUCAAUAAUGAGUACAAAAAAUAAUAUAGCUAGCUGUUUGUGCCAUAUGGGAAAACAUAACGAAGCUUUAGAAAUUUUCUAUUUAGUUGAUAAAAUGCAAACUGAAAUUUUAGGUAUCAACCAUCCGUCAACAAUUGAUACAAAAUAUAAUAUCGCAUACUGUUUAAGCCAAAUGGGAAAAUAUGACGAAGCUAUAGAAAAGUAUUAUUCUGUUGAUAAAAUACAAACUGAAGUUUUUGGUAUCAACCAUCCGUCAACAUUAGGAACAAAAAAUAAAAUCGCAAACUGUUUGAGCGAUGUGGAAAAAUAUAACGAAGCUUUAGAAAUUUAUUACUUUGUUGAUAAAAUACAAACUGAAACUUUAGGUAUCAACCAUCCGUCAACAAUGGAUACAAAAAAUCAUAUAGCAUACUGUUUGAACCAUAUUGGAAAAUAUAACGAAGCUUUAGAAAUUUAUUAUUCUAUUGAAAAAAUAGAAACUGAAAUUUCAGGUAUCAAUAAUCCGUCAAUAAUGUAUGCAAAAAACAAUAUUGCAAACUGUUUGUUUGAUAUGGGAAAAUACAACGAAGCUUUAGUAAUUUAUUAUGUUGUUGAGAAAAUACAAACUGAAACUUUAGGCAUCAACCAUCCGUCAACAAUGCGUACAAAAAAUAAUAUCGCAAACUGUUUGAAAGAUAUAGGAAAAUAAAACGAGGCUUUUAAAAUUUAUUAUUCUGUUAAUAAAGUACAAACUAAAAUUUUAGGUAUCAACUAUUUAUCAACAAUGGAUACAAAAAAUAAUUUCGCAAGCUGUUUGUCCGAUACGGAAAAAUAAAAUGAAGUUCUAGAAAUUCGUUAUUCUGUUGAUAAAAUAAACACUGAAAUGUUAGGUAUCAACAAUAAAAACAAAAAAAUAAUAUUGCAAUUUUUUUGUGUAGAAAGAAAGAUUGAAGUUUUGAAUUUAUUUGAGUUUUGGCAGUUAGGUUAUAAACAGUUUAUAAAGAGUACUUUUUACAUUAUUAAUAAUUUUUAAACAUUAUCUACUAAAUCUAUUUAUUUAUUACUUGAGCCACAUACUAAUAUGACUUUAGGAAAAAAAAAAUGUUUAAAAUCUUUUUUGUUGGAUGUUUCAUUUAUUUUGAAGAAUGUUACGAAAAGGAUUGUUAACAAAUCUAGUUUGGAGUUCUCGUGAUAAUACUUUCUAUAAAAAACUUUUCAAUGAAAUUAAUCUUUGCAAUUU